GAAUAGAAAAAGGAAACUAAAUUUGUCUCUUCGCUGCAGAAGCAACCCUGGCUGCUGCGAAUCCAGCAUAAAUACUUAUAGGUGAACUGACUUGUUCAGUUGCGUAAAGAUUAUUUUAAAGAUCCAGUGUCUCCAGAUUGUGGGCACAAUUUUUGCCAAGCCUGCAUCUCUCAGUGCUGGGAGGGAUUGCAUGUAAACUUCUGCUGACCUGAGUGCAGAAAAACCUUCUCCCAGAGAAACUUCAAACCAAACAGCUAAGGAAUAUUGUAGAAGCUUCCAGAAUGCUUACACUGGAGUCAACAAAAGAACCAGAAGUUGGGAGAGUGUGUGAGAAACACAACGAGGAUUUAAAAGUCUUCUGCCAAGAGGAUCAAAUAUCCAUGUGUAUGGUUUGCCAUCUGUCCCGAGAUCACAGAGAACACACUGCGGUUCCCAUAGAGGAGGCUGCUGCAGAUUACAAGGACCAAAUUCAGAGCCGUUUGGAGAUUUUGAAGAAAGAGAGAGAAAAGAUUCUGUCAUUUAAAUUGAACAAGGAAAGUAAAAGCCAGGAACUGCUGAAACAGCUAGAAACCGAGAAGCAGAAGAUUGUGUCUGAAUUUCAGGAACUGUGCCAGUUUCUGGAGGAACAAAAGCGACUUCUGCUGGCCCAGUUGGAAAAGCUGAAUAAGGAAAUUAAAAAGAGGAGGGCUGAGUAUGUUGCCAAAUUAUCUGAGGAAAUAUCUUCUUUCAGUCACCUGACCAGUGAGAUGGAGCAGAAGUGCCAGCAGACAGCAAGUGAAUUCCUGCAGGACAUCAAAGGCACCUUGAGCAGAUGUGAGAGGGAGAAGUUUCAGAACCCAGUGGCCUUUUCUUCGGAACUGAAAUGGAGAAGCUGGGAAUCUUCUCAAAGAACUGCAUCUCUGGAGACCAUAAUGAAGAAAUUCAAAGACUCACUGUCGUCUAGCCAGCGGUUGGACAAAGUGAAUGUGACUCUGGAUCCGGACACGGCCCAUCCCCAGCUCAUCGUGUCCGCGGAUCGGAAAAGUGUGAGAAGGGGAGACACAUGGCAGGAUCUGCCCAACAAUCCUGAGAGAUUUGACACUGAGCUCUGUGUGCUGGGCUGUGAGGGAUUCACCUCGGGCCGACAUUACUGGGAGAUAGAGCUAAAGGAAGGUGAAGUCUGUAUUGUGGGGGUGAUCAGAGAGUCUGUGAGCAGGAAGGGAGAUAUCGAUUUUAACCCUGAGCAGGGGAUCUGGGCUGUGCUGUGCAAUGAGGAUCGGUACUGGGCUCUCACGUCCCCUGGUGAUUUCACCCCCUUCUCCCCGAGCCGGGCACCCCGCCGGAUCUGGGUUUAUCUGGACUAUGAAGAGGGGCGGGUGGCGUUUUUCGAUGCUGGUAACGGGGACUCAAUCGUCACUUUCCCGCCGGCCUCUUUCGCCGGGGAGAGAAUCCGCCCGCUCUUCUCUGGUCCAUUGCUUUUCAUUUCCCUUUCCUCUCUCCUGGGACCAUGCGCUUAGUGUACGGCUCACACUGUAUCCCCGAGGUGCCCUAUCUGGCUCCAUGAAACGAGCUCCUCUAGCCCCCACCCUCCUGAUCUCUAUGACCUGCAGGACUCAGCCAGGCUCCCCCCUGCCCCCCCCGCACAGACAGGGCUGAAGGGGGGGGUGACACUAUACCCGUAGCUCUCUGGCUGUGGAGGUCUGUAUGAGGCUCUCUAGGCUGGGUAUCUAUGCUCCUAGAAGGCCAACUCGGUGUGGAGUGUGGGGGGAGGGAGCCCCCCUGUGGGAAAGGGACCCAGCCGAGGGCCAGGGAGAGACCCCUCAACUGGGGGGGGGCAGGGGGGAGAGCAGGGGGAAGCCUGGCUGAAGAGUCGGGGGGGGGGGAAUGGGGGGUGUUUCAAAUCCUGUUAGCUGAUCGUUAUUUGGCCACAACCCGCGGAUAUAUAUUUAAAUACAACUGUUAGCGUGUGUACGCGGUGCGAAGGCUGGAACUUUCAAAAGAACCGAAGCGACGUAAGACUCAUUGAUUUCCAAUGGAACUUGUGCUGCUAAGUAACUUCAGGUGGGAUUUUCAAAAGCACCUCAGUCAUGCAAAUUGCUUGUGUUCUCCUGUUCACUUUAUUAAAGUCCCGCAGUAAAUGGACCCGAGAGGGAAAUUUGUCUGUUAAAACUUUCUGGAAAGCACUGGUUUGCUGGGUGAGGUGUAUUAUGAGACAGAAACAAAGGGUUGGUUUCCAUAUGAAUUUUACCAAAAGUAAUUUAAAAUGAACCGAGCCCUGAAAGCCCAAUCAGUUCCCUUGUGCCCGCUGCCCAAUAUAGGGUGUAAAGGCAAAAACAGAUGAGAAGUGUAGGAUUGAUGACAAAUAUAGGAAUGAUGCUGGAUUCCCUCAUGCACGACAUUUCCCGCUAGAUCCUCUCUUCCACCCCCGUUAUACCAUCAAGUAAAUAAUGUAACUGUCAGGGUGGGAAUUACUCGCAAUACCAGGAAUAUGAAAUAAAAAUGAACGGAUCAUAUGGAAACCCCCCUUGAGAUGCACGGAAUUCAAACUAAAAUGUCCAGCAUCUGUCACAUCCGAGUUGUUUUCAUGAGGUGCAAACUGUGUAUAAAAAUUACCAUAGGUGUUCUUCAUGUAACUCAUUUUUCUUUUAGAAAUCUCCCUGAUUUUGCUGUCAGUAAUUUAUUGUAUCUAACUUUCCUCCCAAAGUGGUCUUUCUAAACUGUGGAUAAAUGCAUAUUUGGAUGGUGUAGGCUUAUAUUAUUAAAUUUGCUGACAGUACAAUUGUUA